AUGUUUAGAAAUUCCCAAUAAAAAUGCUAUGGCUUUAACCCUUAAUAGAUCAUUCGAUAUAAGAAUCCCACUAUUGGUACACCCAAGAUCCAAACUAAAACAGAGAUUAAACCUAUGCCAAGACUCCAACUUAAAUGUUCUUUUGUCCAACACCUCACCUAAAGAUCUUAUUGUAGCCAAUACUCUCCUUUAUCUAGCUCCAUACAAAAAUAUAAACUAGUAGUCAAUCUUGUUAUUGAUGGAUGCAGAGAAUAAAUAAUUACAAUUGUUGCUACAGUAACUUAUCUCCUAAAGCUUGCAAAGUCUGUGUUUCUGACAAAUUUAAUAAUGAAAAAGAAUAUCCAAAAGAGUAUAUUCAUUAUUAAGGGCAAUAUUACAAUUACUAAGGUCUUGAAGUAAAAUGUAGAUGAAUCUGGUUUGGUAAAUCCUGUAUCUUACAAAAAGCAAUCAAAAGAAAUUAUGUUUUCUGCGACUUCACCUAUUUGA